UUUUCUAUUUCGACACAAGCCUACUGGUUCCAAAGGUUUCAUUCCCCUUUAAUCUAAAAAAAGUAAUUUUAUAACCUCGAAUAGAGUUCAUCUGCGGGGAAUCCCAGGCAUUGUUUAAGUUUUAAACUCAAAGCAUGGGUUAUUGUUAUCAUUCAAUCAGUAACUGUCAAAUCAUCAUUCAGUCAACUGUCAAAUAAUAGGUGAAAGUUAAAUUAUUCACAUAUUCCACAUCGGAGAGAAGUUAAAUUCAAGAAAUGUCUCGACAGCUUCUAAAGAUCUACUUCGGACGCAGUAUCAGGGGUGGGCAGAAGGAGGAGGAUGCCAAGGUCUUCAGUUUGCUCGUUCGGGAACUCAAGAAAUACGGUGAAGUCCUGACAGAGAAAUUUGGAGACGAUAAGGCAAUCCAGAAGGAAGACGAAGUUACAUCAGACGAAGCCAUUUACCAAGCGGACAUCAAACUUAUCGACCAGGCAGAUGUAAUGGUAGCAGAAGUUAGCAAUCCUUCGAUUGGUGUCGGUUACGAGAUAGGAAGGGCGCACGAUGGGAAAAAGAAGAUACUCUGUCUAUAUAGACCCGAAGGGGCUCCAAAAAAGCUUUCUGCGAUGAUCCGUGGAGCAGAUGGCGUCGAUAAUCUCACCGUCAAGGAUUAUGAUAUAUCAGACAUAUCGAACAUCCUGACAGACUACUUCAAAUAAAACUUUCACUUUUCAAGCCUGGACUUGGCUUGUAAAUUUCAUCUUUUAAUAUAUAAUGUCCAGUCCCUUUU